ACCAAGCAGGAGCAGAAGCACAAGCAGAAGCAGCUCCUAAAUUCAUGGCGUUGGCCGCCGUCCUCUCCCGAGCCGCCGCGCGCCUCCUCCGCCCUCCCCUACCCCUCCGCACCCGCCAUCUCUGCGCCCUCCCCUCCUCCUCCUCCCCCGCUCCGUCUGAGGCGGAGAUCCUCGCCGAAAUCGAUCCCAUCGUCGACCUCGUCAAGGACAUCCUCCACUCCGCCAGAUAUGGAGAUGGUGCAUUUCUAAGUCCAGACGAUCAAAAGGCUGUAGUAGAAAAGGUUCUUGUUCACCACCCCACUUCUGAAGAUAAGAUUGGCUGUGGGGUUGAUGCUAUUAUGGUUGGUAAGCACCCUGAUUUCAGGAAGUCAAGAUGCCUCUUUAUUGUUAGAACAAACGGUGAGACUGAAGAUUUUUCAUACCGCAAGUGUAUCAAGGAGUACAUCAAACAGAAGUAUCCCAGCCAGGCAGACGAUUUUAUACAGAAUCAUCUCACCCGGCAAUUUACUCGACGUCCCAAGUAGAAAUGCCCCUUUUUUUUCGUGAUAGUGUCUUUGGCUUAUAGGCAAAAUAGAACCCGUAUGUCUCAGUUAGAACAUGUAAACGAACUCGUGUUUCUUAAUGUCAAGUGAAAAUGUUUUGUUAUCAACACAUUCAUGAAGAUCCUUUAACCAAUUAUCUCUCAUGUUUUCUCUGCUAUUCUACUGAAGCCUGUAGGCACACGUUAUAUGGUCAUCUUCCUUGAUAAUUUCAGCUUGAUUUUCAACU